CAGAGGAACAAAUAGUUGAAUAAAACUGAAAGAACACAGAUGAAACCGUCCUGCUGCUCAGGUUUUUAUCUCAGAUCUUUGAAGAUGUUAACAGAUGUUAACAGAUGUUAACAGAUGUUUUGCAGACAAUGAUGUAAAAAUGGAGUCAAACUGGAUUUGCAGAAAGGUGAUAACGAUGUUUAUUAUUGAGGUCUUUAAUAUUCCAUCUGAUGAUGUCGAAGCUUCUUAAAGCAGAAUUCAUGGCAGAGCUGCUGUGUUGGAUUUUAUUAAACUGCACAGAUGUUCCUAAUAAAUAGACUUUUACUGCUAAUAUCAACAAAACACAAACAGUUAUGAGGAAUAAUAAUAUAAUCCUGAACAGCAUCAAAUAUCUCUUAUAACUUUAAUCUGUCUUGUCGUCGGGCUUAUAUUUUGAAGGUGUGUACCGGAUGUGUGUGUGCGUGUGUGUGGGUGUGUGUGUGUGUCAGCUGGUUCCUCUCUGCAGAGGAGGAGGAGGAGAGCGGAGCUGAAGGUCACAGCAGGAGGAUCUCCAUCAUCAUCAUCCUCAUCCUCAUCCUCAUCAUCAGCAGCAGCAUCGAUACUAACAGCUGAUCAACUGAUCAAUCAGCUGCACGAGGAGGAGAUCGACGGGGACGUAACGACAGACGGAUCAGCUGCUGCAUCCCUGCCUGUCUCCCUGCCUGCAUACCUGUCUGUCUCUCCUGCCUGUCUCCGCCCGUCUCUCCGCCUGUCUCCGCCCGUCUCUCCUGCCUGUCUCCGCCCGUCUCUCCGCCAUGGGGAACCGGGGGAUGGAGGAGCUGAUCCCGCUGGUGAACCGGCUGCAGGACGCCUUCGCCUCCAUCGGCCAGAAUGCGACCCUCGACCUGCCGCAGAUCGCGGUGGUGGGCGGACAGAGCGCCGGGAAGAGCUCCGUGCUGGAGAACUUCGUGGGCAAAGACUUUCUUCCUCGUGGCUCAGGUAUCGUCACUCGGCGCCCCCUGGUGCUGCAGCUCAUUAACUGUCCAACAGAGUACGCAGAGUUCCUGCACUGUAAAGGGAAGAAGUUCACAGACUUUGAUGAAGUUCGUCAGGAGAUCGAAGCUGAAACUGAUCGAGUCACCGGCCAGAACAAAGGGAUCAGUCCGGUCCCAAUCAACCUGAGAGUGUACUCGCCCAACGUGCUGAACCUGACGCUGGUGGAUCUUCCCGGGAUGACGAAGGUCCCGGUGGGCGACCAGCCGGCCGACAUCGAGCACCAGAUCAAAGAAAUGCUGAUGCAGUUCGUCACCAAGGACAACUGCCUCCUAUUGGCCGUCUCCCCCGCCAACUCUGACCUCGCCAACUCCGACGCUCUGAAGAUCGCCAAGGAGGUCGACCCGCAAGGUCUGAGGACCAUCGGUGUGAUCACCAAACUGGAUCUGAUGGAUGAAGGAACCGACGCCAGAGACAUCCUGGAGAACAAACUGCUGCCACUGCGCAGAGGUUACAUCGGGGUGGUGAACCGCAGUCAGAAGGACAUCGAUGGAAGGAAAGACAUCACGGCGGCGCUGCAGGCUGAGAGGAAGUUCUUCCUGUCUCACCCAGCGUACCGACACCUGGCCGACCGCAUGGGCACCUCCCACCUACAGAAAGUCCUCAACCAGCAACUGACCAACCACAUCCGGGAUACUUUGCCGGCGUUACGCAGCAAAAUGCAGAGCCAGCUGCUGUCCAUCGAGAAGGAGGUGGAAGAGUACAAGAACUUCAGACCGGAUGACCCGAGCCGCAAAACCAAGGCCCUGCUGCAGAUGGUGCAGCAGUUUUCUGUGGACUUUGAGAAGCGGAUCGAAGGAUCUGGAGAUCAGGUCGACACCUACGAGCUGUCAGGAGGAGCGAAGAUCAAUCGGAUCUUCCAUGAACGCUUCCCCUUUGAACUCGUCAAGUUGGAGAGUGAUGAGAAGACUCUUCGUAAAGAGAUCAGCUACGCCAUCAAGAACAUUCAUGGCAUCAGGACGGGUCUGUUCACACCUGACAUGGCGUUUGAGACGAUCGUGAAACGUCUGAUCGCUCAGAUCAAAGAGCCGUGUCAGAAAUGUAUCGACCUGGUGAUCAAUGAGCUGGUCAACACUGUGAGGCAGUGUACACAGAAGCUGGCUCAGUAUCCGUUGCUCCGAGAGGAGAUGGAGAGAAUCGUCACUCAACACAUCAGAGACCGAGAGAGUCGCACCAAAGAUCAGGUGAUGCUGCUGAUUGACAUUGAGUUGGCCUACAUGAACACAAACCAUGAAGACUUCAUCGGCUUUGCAAAUGCUCAACAGAAGAGCAGUCAGAUGAGCAAGAAGAAAGCAGCAGGAAACCAGGACGAGAUGGUGAUCCGUAAAGGCUGGCUGACCAUCAACAACAUCGGCAUCAUGAAGGGCGGAGCCAAAGAGUACUGGUUCGUCCUCACGGCGGAGACGCUGUCCUGGUACAAAGACGAUGAGGAGAAGGAGAAGAAGUACAUGCUGCCUGUCGACAACCUGAAGCUCAAAGACAUCGAGAAGAGCUUCAUGUCCAGCAAACACAUCUUCGCUCUGUUCAACACCGAACUCAGGAAUGUGUAUAAGGACUACCGUCAGCUGGAGUUGGCCAGUGAGUCUCAGGAGGAGGUGGACAGCUGGAAGGCUUCUUUCCUACGAGCCGGCGUGUACCCUGAACGCAGCGUGGACAAAGAGAAGGUGGAGGUGGAGGAGUCCAGUUCAGACGGACACAUCCACAGUCUGGACCCGCAGCUGGAGCGGCAGGUGGAGAUCGUCAGGAACCUGGUGGACUCUUAUCUCGCCAUCAUCCACCGUACCGUCAGAGACCUGAUCCCCAAGACCAUCAUGCACCUGAUGGUCAACAAUACGAAGGAGUUCAUCCACUCUGACCUGCUGGCUCAACUCUACUCCUGUGGAGACCAGAACACCCUGAUGGAGGAGUCCCAGGAGCAGGCUCAUCACCGUGACGAGAUGUUGAAGAUGUACCACGCUCUGCGCGAGGGCCUCAGCAUCAUCGGUGACAUCAGCACCACCACUGUCACCACAGCGAUGCCGCCGCCUGUCGACGACUCCUGGCUGCAGGUGACGGGGAUGCCGUCAGGACGCAGGUCUCCCAUGUCCAGUCCGACCCCCCAGCGUCGGGCCCCUCCCGGCCCCCCUCGUCCAGGCGGGCGUGCGGCCCCCUCUCGUCCCGCGGUGUCACCUGACCCAGGCGGACCCCCGCCCUCCGUCCCAUCUCGGCCCAACAGAGCGCCGCCGCCCGGCGUCCCCAGUCGGCCCAACAAAGGUAGCCCCGCCCACGGAGAGAGCCCCCAGUCUUCUAUCGAGGGUUAACCCGACCCAGUGUGUGUUUGUGUCUCUACUGAUGCUGUGUUACUGUCAACCUUACUAGUGAUAAUAAUGAUAAUAAUGAUAUUGAUUAUCAGCACACUAUUGACAUUUAUAGCAAAUGAUCAGCAAACUACUGCAAUAUUGAGUGUAUAAAUGUGUGUCUGCUGUCAGGAGUUGAGACGGGUCAGCUGCCUGUCUGUCUGCUCUAUCACAUCAUCAGAGGAUUGAUGAUGAAGUCUCACUCGUCUCUCUGGACGUCACAGUCAGCUAGUUAGCUAGUUAGCUAGUUGCUAGUUAGCUAGUUGGCUAGUUAGCUAGUUAGCUAUCUGCAUCACUCCUAUAAAAUAUAAAACAAUCCUGUUCGAAUAUUGUUUUUUCUCAUAUUAAUCUGAGGAAAAGUUCUGAUUUGAGCCCUGCAAAAAAGGAAAUCCAACAAAGUUAAAAUAUCUGAUUUUACGAUGAUUAAACCUCAUUUUUUCUUAUCAAAGACAAAAAUUCCUGUCAAGCAGCAUCUGCACUGCAGGUUAUUAGACUUGUUUCAAGGUAGCUGCUCUUAAUCUGUUUCAGUUAGUUAUUCAGUCUAUUUUCCAGCUCGAGCCGACAGGAAACAAGUCUGAAAAGUGGAUUGCAGUUUAUCACACGAUAUCACACAUAUCUAUUAUGAGAAAAUAAGAUCGUUUUGUUUGUUUCAACAAUCAGAUCAAAGUGUUUGAAGAUAUUAAUUCCUAAACUGAGACAAAUGGAAGGUAAAACAGCUCACAGCUCAUAAUCUGAGGCGACUUUAAAGACAAAUAAUCUAGUUUCAAACAUCUUUAACUGGAAUUUCUGACAGUUUAUUUAUUAUAUGAAGCCAAACAGGCUUAAAUCUCAUUUUUAAAACUAGUGUUGAGGUUGGAUCGGGUCUGAUAUUGGCUCGAUUUGUUUGCUAUAGUUUCAAGAAAACUUGAGUUAUUUUUGUUGACUUUGUUGGUAGAUUUUCUUGCUUGAAAUGAUCAAAUGUUACUGGUUCAAAGAAUAUUUUGCACCAUGUCAAGUAGGGAAGUCUUAUCAGUGUGCUUGAAUGUUGCAUUGAAGGAACUCGUCUUUACGGUGUAAAGUUUACAUAUUGGUUUAAUUUAUGUAUUUAUUAAUCUAUUUAUUGAUUUAUUUAUUAUCUGAUUUUCUUGUUAAAGGGAAACCAUGAAUGAUGUUAUUGGUGUUAACUGUUAUGGUCACCUCGUGAAGAAAAUGUUCUCUGUUAUCUUCUUUUUCUGAAGCCAUCAGUUCUUCACGCUUACAGUGAUCAACUGUAUUUAACUGUGACAGAUUCUGAAAUGUUACAAUAAACGACAUUCAGCCUCACCGGAUGUCAGCAAACAACUAUUUGCUGUGUAACGACAGAGCGGCGUAAUGGCGUCCUGAGCAGAGAAUGAAGUCACACUUCCUCUGUGAUGUUUUUGGCUCCAGUGUGACAUCUAGUGGCUGAAUGUCGUUUGUUGCACCUUUAAAUGACUUCUGACGUCUGCUGUCCGAGUCCUUCAACGACCGUCAACGACUGCUCUCAACUGGUUACAGCUGCUUUUGAACUGGUCCAAACUGGUUCUAACUGGUUCAGACUACUUCCAACUUGCUCUAACUGAAAAUUCUACUUCCAGCUUGUUCAAACUGGUUCCUACUUGUUUAAACUGGUUCAAACUAGCUCAGACCAGUUCCAACUGAUUAAACUGGUUCCAACUGGUUCCAACUGGUUCCAGCAGAUUCCAACAGCUUCUAACUGGUUGCGGCUGUUUGGAAUUGGUCCUAAAGGGUGCCAGUUUGCUCCAGCUAGUUCCAACUGGUUUUAACUGGUUCCAAUUGGCUCUGACUGGUUAUGAAGGGUUAUAACUAUCUUGGAUUGAUCCCGCCUGGUUCUAAGUGGUUCCUGCUCAUUUCAACUGGUUCUAGCUAGCUCAGACCAGUUCCAACAGAUAAAAACUGGUUCCAGUUGGCUCUUUCUGGUUUUGACUGGUUCCCAGCUAGUUCUGAAACCAGUGGGCACAGUAAGCAGCAAACUAUAAAACAGCCAACUAAUAUUCACAAUGUGGAGAAGUUGAUGCCUUUUACUGGUCUUUAAUGUCCCUGAAAUGUUUCCUAAAUCACUUUGUACAAUGUUCGUAGCUCUAAUGACGAGUAAAACAGAGACAGAGAUAUAAGAACAUUUUUAAAGUUGAGUUAAUUGUGUUGAAAUUAUAAGCAGUGUUUGUUGAACUGCUUCAUUUAAAACAACUAAAUAUUAAACCUGCAGGUUGGAACUUUCACAUAUAAAUGAACGUCUGUAACGAGUUCACACAGCGCUCAUUAAGCUUUUCACCGCCAGAUAAAUCUCUCUGUUUCAGAGUUUUUAAUCUGUGUCGGGUUUGACAGAUGAAUCAUACUGAGCAUGCUCUGUGGGCGGAGCAUGUGCAGUAGAGACUUCCUGUUAACGGCUAACUUCUGGUUAGCUCUCUGCUAACUUGAAUGGGAAUAAAAUAAUUUAGUCGUUUGUCUUUUCUAGACUUUCCAAAUGUUACUGGAACGAACGGAUUGAACGGAUUUCUGAUAAUGAAACGGGUCAUUUCAUGGAGGACGUAUGACGCUCAAAACUAUUUAUCCACCGUUUUACAGCCGCGACCGUAGCGACGGAGGCCACGGCGAAGCCUGUGACGUAAACACGUGUCGAGUGUCAAGUCCCACACUGCAGGUUUAGUUCAUUAUUAAUUCAUUAUUGGAAUCUUGAUUCAUAAUAUACAUUGAAUUAAAAAGGAUUAAAUUAAUUGGAAGUUUACCAAAUUACGUUUGUCUCUGUUUUAUUCGUAUCUCUCCAGGAAACGUCUCAGGAUUUCAUGUUAACGUGUUACUGAGAUGUCCGUUUACAUUGUUAACUGAGAUCUAGAUUAUUAUAAAAUUAUCAUGUAAAACGAGUUAAAUUCUGCUGAUGUUUUGUGCUCUGAACAUUUAGAGUACGUGUUGUGUGAUUCGUGGUUUCUGACGGAUCUGAAUCACGAAUCCAGGAGACAAAAAAUGUUGUAAAAAUGGAAGCAAACUGCAGGGAAACGUUGUGUCCACGCAGUAUUUAUUCAGACCUCCCAGUUCUGAUAAGUAUUAAUGCUGUAUUCUGUCUGUGAUGUAGCCGAGCACACGGAGCGACAGACGUUUGUGAAUCUCAACUAUAAUGCUGAUCUAUCUAUUCUACCUGUGUAUGUUGUUCAUGUUCUGGUGCUUCUGUAGAGUUUAGUCGAGCUCUGAGCUGCGUUCAACACGUUCGCAGGUGUUUGUAGCUGUGAGUCGUGUUCAGAUUAAUGUCAGCAUGGCACUUAAACUCCUGAUUUAAAGUAGACAUGAUCUUAAAAGGUGUUGUAUGAUUUUGAAUGUUCUUUAUUAAUCAGUGAAGUGUUGCACGUGUCGCUCUGCGGCAGCGUGUUGGACGCAGCUCGUCCCCCGUACACACACCCGUGAUGGUCAAUAGUUCACUCUGUAUCGUGUUAAUAUGAAUAUGUGUCAUGUUUACAGAAUAUAUGAAAAUAAUAAUGUACCAUAUAUAUGUGAAGAACAUAUAUAUCGAUAUAUUCAACUGAAAUAUGCAGCGGCCCAGACGGUAGUGUAUGUGUGUGUGUAUGUGUGUGUGUGUGUGUGUGUGUGUGUGUGUGUGUGUGUUGCUUUGUUGUGUAUCUUGGUGUCAUGUGAUCAGGGCCAACAGAAACAUGUGGGCAUGAAUAAAGUU